AUUAUGUAGACCCGGAAGUGGGGCUACCGAGCGAUUAUGCUGACCCUGAAAGGGGGCUUCUGAGCAGCUGCACGAAAGUGGUAUUCCUUCAAUUCUAAAUACAAUAUUUUUUUUAUUGCUGCGUAUUAGUAUUUUAGUUUAUAGGCGUCAUGAAGCCGGCAGUGGACGAGAUGUUCCCGGAAGGAGCUGGUCCUUAUGUAGAUCUUGAUGAGGCUGGUGGAAGUACUGGACUUCUAAUGGACUUGGCUGCAAAUGAAAAGGCGGUGCAUGCAGACUUCUUUAACGACUUUGAAGACUUAUUUGAUGAUGAUGACAUCCAGUAAUAUCCAAUAUUUGAUCACUAUGUGCGAUUUGUUUGGUGAAAUGGAUGAUCUCUGUUUCAGUUUGUUUUCCGAUACAGGAAAAACUUGGGUAUUCAUGUAUUCAAACAUGCCGUGUAAAUAAAGUACUUAACUGAAGUCAA